UCCAUUUCUUGUGAUGGUCUUGCUGAUUGUACUCAUAACAAUGCUCCAUGCUAAAGGGACACAAAAAGCUGUGUUGUCCAUUCGACCUGAUAAACAAGUGUACAAAGAAGAAAUUGUUACACUUAACUGUGACAUUCAGGGAGGAGGAGACACUGAGUGGACAUACAUCUGGAUGAAGGAUAAUAAAGUCUAUAAAAACAGCACAACGCCAGAGAUCCAUAUCAACUCUGUUAAUAAGUCUUCCACUGGUAACUACACCUGCAGAGGACAGAAAAAUGACUCUCAGCCUUUAGAGUUCAGUGAUGCUGUUACACUGAAUGUAUCAGAGAAACCAGUGCCAGUACUUAAUGUAUCUUCAAAGAACUGGCUGACUGAAGGAGACUCAGUGACUCUAAGCUGUAAGGUUAAAGAUUCCUUUUCAGACUGGACAUUCAGCUUUCACAAAGUUGUUCCAUGUAAAGUCAAUGACAGUCACAUCAAGUACAAGCUGCUGCUCCUCUCAGACAGCAACAGAGGAUCUGGAGGUUCCUACACUCUUAGUCAUGUUGUUCUAAAUCACACAGGACUUUAUAGGUGCAGAGGAGAGAGAGGAAACCCAGCAUUUUCCACAAAGUACAGCAGUCCCAAGCCACUAUGGAUCACUGGUGAAUCUCCUCCAGUAUCUCUGAUCAUCAGUCCCAACAGAUCUCAACACUUUUCUAAUCACUCUCUCUCACUGAGCUGUGAGGACCAGAGUCACUCUUCAAAAAGAUGGACAGUGAGACGAUACAUGCAAAAAAUGAAACUGGCAAAUUGUUCACAAUGGGAAUUAAGUUUAGGGUCUACAUUUAACAUCAGCUUCCUCUUCACAUCAGACACUGGAGUUUACUGGUGUGAGUCAGAAACUGGGGAAAACAGUAAUCCUGUCAACAUCACAGUUCAUGGUGGUGAUGUGAUCCUGGAGAGUCCUGUCCAUCCUGUCACUGAGGGACAUCCUCUGACUCUACGCUGUUUAAUUCGCAACACAAAUUCCUCAAAUCUCCGAUCAGAUUUCUAUAGUGGAUCAGUCGUCCAGAACCAGACUACAGGAGAGAUGAUCAUCCAUAAAGUGUCAAAGUCAGAUGAAGGUUUUUACAGCUGUAAAUAUCCAAAGAGAGGAAAUUCAAUGAAUAUCUGGGUCUCAGUCAGACGUCCUGGAUCCAGAACUGGUACAGAAGUUAUGGUUAUUGGACUGAGUUUGGCUUUUUUGUUCAUCAUUUUAUUUAUCGUAAUGAUCCUGCUGUGGUGCUGUAAAAUAAAGAAAGAAAAGCAGAAAACCAAUCAGACAUUGGAGCAGAAUCAAAGCCAGUCAGGGGACACACCACUUCAGGCUGGAAGUGUUAAUAUUUAUGCCACUGUGGAUCAGGGGGAUAGGAGUGGAACAGGUGAAACAGCUGAGAGCAUCGAUGCCACUUAUGCACAGGUCCUGAAGAAAAAGAAGAAUGAUGUUGAUGCUGAAUCCAGUUGUGGUGAUGUGACUUAUGAUGAAAUAAAACUAAUAACAAAGAAAAAAUCUGUGAGAAAAUGCAGAAAAGAAAAAGCCAGUGGUGAUGCUGACACUCUUUACUCAGAGCUAAAGGUUAACAUGAAGUGUCCCAACAUUUCUGGAGAUGGGGUUGAAGAAUCAGAAGGAAUCUCUUAUUCUCCCUGCAGUGAGCCAUGUAUCCAAGUCUGUGAAUAAGACACAUGGGGACCACUGGGUAUGGAGGAUGACAUUACUUCUGUACAGCAACAGUGAAAUACGUUUUUGGCAAAUUCAGUAGCACAGCUAUACAAGAUGAAAGAAUAAAGUAAAUAAAUAAUGUUCUGUAAAUCUUUCUAUUGGGCUUCAGAUUUAACAAUUUGUUUAAAAUGCCUUUAGAAGUUGUAGAAUGGACUGUUGACAGGUGAACUGCAACUGUUGCAUAUAUAAUCUAGUUUCAGCUAGUCCUUAGCUCAUCAAAAACAAACCUCAUUACC